GUAGUUAACCACUUAAUUAAAUCCAUAUAUUUAAAAUCGAUUUGGGUCUAAUAACCGGAUAUUUUGCGCACCAUUGCUUGGAUUCCGUUUUUAUCCACACGCUUGUCAAGUAAAGUAUUAUUUUGAUGCUUUUCCUAGGGUUCAAAUUUUUCCAUACAUUGGUCAAGUAUUAUUCUGAUACUUUUCCUAGAGUUCAUUUUUGUCUAUACGUUGGUCAAGUAAAGUAUUAUUCUGAUACUUUUCUUAGAUUUUAUUUUAGUCCAACCAUUACAUAACUACAAUCAUGUACCAACACUUUUCAUAGAUUUCAUUUCUUUGCCACUCUCAAACUCCGCAUUGAUCUGAUACUUCUUUCUUAUUUUUGAACGAUGGCUGAGCAAAUUGUAUCUGGUUUUGCCGAAAACCUCAUUAACAGGUUGGCUUCUGCUGCUUUUCGUGAAUUUGGAAGGAUUUACGGUGUUCUGGAUGAAUUGGAAAGUCUUAGAAAAACUGUUGACUCCAUUAAAGCUGAGAUCCUUGAUGCCGAGGAUAAGCAACAACAAAAUCGUGCCAUACAGAUCUGGAUAAGAAGACUCAAAGAUGAUGUGCUCCACCCUGCAGAUGAUCUGCUAGAUGAAUUUUUUAUUCAAGAUAUGAGACACAAAAUUGAUGAAUCUCAUAAGAACAAACUGACACAGGUACUUCAUUCCUUCUUUCCAAAUAAGAUUUGUUUUCGCAGUAGAAUGGCUCAUAAGAUUGAAAAAAUACAAAAGAAAUUUAAUGAUGUUAAGAAAGAUAUGAUUGAGUUGAAUCUAAAUCGAAAGGUUGUGGUGGUUGAACAUAGUAACAAUGUAAAGAGGGAUACUAGUUCAUAUGUGAUAGAAUCAGAUAUCAUUGGAAGAGAAGAUGAUAAAAACAAGAUUAUAAGCUUGUUGAGGAAACCACAUGGAAAUCAAAAUGUCUCUGUGGUUGCUAUUGUUGGGAUUGGUGGUUUGGGGAAGACAGCUCUUGCUCAGUUGGUAUACAAUGAUGCUGAAGUAAAAGAUGUUUUUGAAAAACGUAUGUGGGUAUGUGUCUCUGAUAACUUUGAUGUCAAAACUAUUCUUAAGAAAAUAUUGGAGUCAUUAACCUAUAGCAAAGACUAUGAUAAGUUAUCACUGGAAGAGUUGCAAAAUAUGCUUCGUGACAAUUUAACGGGUGAGAAAUACUUGUUAGUCCUAGAUGACAUUUGGAACGAGAGUUUUGAAAAAUGGGCUCAGUUGAGGACUUACUUGAUGUGUGGUGCUCAAGGCAGUAAGGUUGUUGUGACAACUCGUAGCAAAAUUGUAGCACAAACAAUGGGUGUAAGUGUCCCUUAUACUCUGAAUGGUUUGAAUCCAAUAGAAUCUUGGAGUUUGUUGAAGAAAAUUAUCACAUUUGGGGAUGAGAAUAAAGGAGUGAAUCAAAAUCUUGAGCCGAUUGGAAUGAAGAUAGCAGAAAAGUGCAGGGGUGUUCCACUAGCAAUCAGAACGUUGGGAGGUCUAUUACAGGGUAAAAGUGAAAAAAAGGAAUGGAUUACUGUUUUACAAGGUGACUUUUGGAAAUUAUGUGAAGAUGAAGAAAGCAUCAUGCCAGUGUUGAAAAUAAGUUACCAAAACUUGUCGCCUCAACUAAGACAAUGUUUUUCUUGUUGCUCUUUAUAUCCCAAGGAUUGGGAAAUUGAGAAGGAUGAAUUGAUACAACUAUGGAUUGCACAAGGUUAUCUUGAAUUUUCAAAUGAAAAGCAGGCCAUGGAAGAUAUUGGUGACCAAUUCAUCAAUAUUUUCUUGAUGAAGUCAUUUUUCCAAGAUGCUCAGUUUGUUGGUGAUAAAUUAUAUUGCUUUAAAAUGCAUGACUUAAUACAUGAUAUUGCAAUGCAAGUAACAGGUAAUGAUUGUUGUUACUUGGAUAGUGAGACAAAAAGACUUGUAGGAUGUCCCAUGCAUGUAAUGUUGGAAAGUGAUUCUAUUGGUUUGUUAGAGUCCGUGGAUGCAAGUAGGGUGCGGACUUUAAUUUUCCACAACAGCUUUUUAAGGAAUGGGAAUGAGAAAGAAUUGGUUCUUAUUUCCAAAUUCAAAUACCUACGCUUUUUGAAGUUGUUGAAUUGUUCUAUAAUUAAGUUGUGUGAUUUAAUUGGAAAUUUGAAGCAUUUAAGAUUUCUUAAGUUACAACACUGUGAAGGAGUAGAAGGCAUUUUCAAAUCUAUAAGUAGCAUUGUUUGUCUUCAAACAUUUAUAUUUACUGGGAGUCAAGUAUUUGAAUUUUCUAUAAAAGAUUUCUUAAGUGUAAUCAAUUUGAGAUAUCUUUAUAUUGAUAAUUUAAAUGCGUUUCAAGAGAAGAAGAGAACGUGUGGAUUUGGAAAAUUAAGCCUAUGGGAGCGGUAUAAGUGUUUAACUUUUUCCAAGUGGCUUUCUUCACUCACAAACAUUGUUUAUGUGUUUCUUUAUAACUGCAAAGGUGUGCACUUUCUUUCACCCAUGGAACGUCUUCCGUUUCUAAAGUCCCUAAUUAUAGGCGGCCUUGAUGAAUUGGAGUACAUAUAUUUUGAAGAACCUCAUUUGUCCGAAGAAUUCUUCCCUUCUUUGGAAAACCUCGAAAUUGUUAGUUGUAAAAAUCUGAAGGGAUGGAGGAGGAUAAGGGAUGGUAUCAUUUAUGAUGAUAACUCUUCUCAAUCAUGUGAUCUCUCCUUUUUUCCUUGUCUUUCUUCCUUAACUAUCGUUGAUUGUCCAUUGUUGACUCACAUGCCUACUUUUCCAAACCUCGACAAGAAAUUGGUUUGCAGGAAUUCUAAUAUGGACCCAUUGGAAGAAACAGUAAACAUGGUAAAAUCAAAUUCUUCGAUUGUAUUCCCUCCACUCUCCAUGCUCGAACACCUGGAACUUAGCGGACGUGAGCUGGAUGUUAAAACACUCCCAGAUACUUGGAUGCAAAAUCUAACUUCUCUCAAGCAUCUUACAUUUUACAAUCUUCGAAAUCAAGCAUUUCAAGAAAUUGAAUUUUGGUUUAAGGACAGACUCAACUAUCUUCCUUCCCUGCAAAAGAUUGUAAUUUUUGAUUGUUCUCUAGAAGCAUUUCCAUUUUGGAUUUGCAACCUUUCUUCACUUCAAUAUGUCUCCAUUCUGUUCUGUCCAUGUUUAGCUUCAUUGCCCAAUGGAAUGCGUCGCCUUGCCAACUUACAAACCCUAGAGAUCACUCAUUGCCCCAGUUUAAUUGAAGAAUGCCAGACAGAAACAAGUGCAACAUGGGCCAAUAUUGCUCACAUCCCAACCAUAAUCUUAGAGUGAUAUUCUUACUAAAGGUAAUAAUGUGUCAGUACACUUUCUCUUGAUAAACAUUGUACUGAUGCAAUUGUUGAAGGAUGAACGACGCUUGAAGGAACAUGCUAUUGUUGAAAUCAUGGAUGUUAUCAUCAUGCCAACUUAGCCACUGUGGAAAUGUAGCAGACUAGCAGCUACAAUUGAUCUAGUUGUUCUAAAAAGGAUUGGUGCUCUUAUUGUGUUUAUUGGUGUUGUGUCUGAAAGUAUUUUAUGUAAUAGUAUCGGUUAAUGCAAACUCUGUUGCUUGCCGCUGUAAUGGUAAUAAGAAGUUGUUGUAUAUUUUUAAUGCUUUCUGUGUGAUUCGCUUUCUAUCGUUAAGGAUUGA